UAAGAGAGCAGCCGUCCAUCUGUCAUCGCUACCAGCCAAACUCCCCUCACUGUAACACCUGCUCCAUGAUGCGUUCAGGGGCUGCUGUUCGCCAUGCACAUCCAUUAACAUUCACUUUAAAACCGUUUCAACCUUUAGAUUUGGCUGGACUGCAGUCACCCUGCACUGAAGCGAGUUAGAGAGCAGGGCUGAACCAUAUCCUGUCAUCAUAUCAUUAUCUAGAGAUGAACAUACGAGCUAUUCAUGUCUAAAAAGGCAACGACGUGGACGGUCAAAUUUAGGGUUAUGGGUUAGCCUCAGACAGAGGAAGGUCUGUUCUAAUCAGUAAAAUACUUUAUUAGGUAAAUGCAUUUUCUACGUCCUUUUGGUAUUCAGCUGUUUGAAGAGUACUCAGUUUAUCAAGGUCAGUAAAUAAACAGAAUGACAGACGAGGCCGGAGCAGAUGUGAGUGAGGUGGCCGAGGAGCCGAUGGAGAGCUCCGCCGUGUCCGAGGAGGACGUGGAGGAGCAGCCGAGUCCCAAGAAAGGCUUCGGCAAAUCAUUUGCUGUGGCUGAAAUCAUCGAGGGCAAGAGGGCAAAGAAGACAAUUGAGCGUCUCAAUUUCCAGAUGCCGAAGCCAAAGGAGAAGCUAAAGAUCGAAGACGGUGGAGGGGACAAGUUAGGGGACAUCCCGCGCACCAACUACCACAUCGGGAGGAUGAAGCCGGCCGACCUGAAGCCUCUGCACACCAUCCUGUUCGACCGGCCAGGAAAGAUGGCCACGAUGAGGAAGAACAUGCGUCUGUUCAACGGCUUUCCUUUCGAUGCGGACAGCGAAGCGUACACCAAAAAGAGAGAGAAACUCCUCAGGACUUCGUCUUUCACCAACUCCAAGCUGAGAGGCAUCUGUAAGGUGCUGGACCUGGAGAAGAAGGGAACCCAGUCCGACCUGAUCGACAGGAUCCUCACCUUCCUCAUCGCCCCCAAGAACAGCGGCAAGCCUCUCUCCAAGAAGAAGAAGAAAUCGAAGAAGAAACUGUCGGGCAGCGACUCGAAGUCCAGCACCAAGAAGAAGAGCAAACCGAAGCCCCGGAGCUCGUCGUCGAGCCCCAAGAAGGCCAAAGCAGGGAGCAAGUCCAAGGCCAUCGUCAUGGACUCCAGCAGCGACGACGACAGCGACGAGGAAGACGACAAGGCCGGCGCCGCCGCCGAGGCCGAAGGCUCCGACGCCGAGGACAAGCCCUCGGAGAAAGACGAGAAGCCGUCGGACGAGUCGGAGGAGUCUGCGGAGGAGGAGGACGAGGAGGAUGAGGACGAAGACGAGUCCCCCAAAUCAAAGCCGGGCAAAGGAAAGGCUGCGCCCAAGAAGUCCGUGAAAAGGCCGAGGACACCAUCGAAAAAGUCGGCGCCUCCUAAAAAGAGGGCAAAGAAGGACGUUUCAGAGGAGUCUGAGUCUGACGCCGACAGCGACACUGAUGAGAAGCCCAGGAAGAAGGCGGCAGCCAAGAGAGCAGCUCAGGCCAAACCGGCCGCCAAGACCAAGAAGGCCGACAGCAGCAGCAACAGCAAGAAGACCGCAAGCACAGUGACGGAGGACAGCACAGAUGACGACGAGCCGCUCAUCAAGAUCAUUAAAAAAGCUCCGUCUGACGAGCAGCUGAAGGAGACGGUGCAGAGUCUGCUGAAGGAGGCCAACCUGGAGGAGAUGACCAUGAAGCAGAUCUGCCAGAGGGUGUACGACACGUAUCCAGACCACGACCUGACCAGCAGGAAGGACUACAUCAAACAAACAGUGAAGUCUCUCAUCACCUGAACAGAGGAGGAGGAGAGAGACGCUCCAAGAGGAGUCACCGACGGCUCUUUUUCAUCUGUUUAGACUUUUCUUUUUGUACAUCAGUGUUUUAUACUCGCUUUAAUGUGGUGUUUAUUUUUUUAUUUUUAUUUUUUUAAAUAUUUUUUUUAUGUCUAACUCAUGCUCGGGCUGCUGGCGUCCACAGUCUCCUGGGUGAAAACGUUCCUCGAUGUGAACUUUGUGCUUGGGACCAAAUCCAAGACAAAGUUUAGAUUCAUGGAAAAAAAAAAAAAAAAUUCAAAAUCAGCAGGAAUAAACUUUUCUGGUUUGUUUUGUCGACCGAAGCGACAGCGUGUGCAGGAUGGAGGCUGAAACGCUCGACUGAUGGAAGCCGCAACUGUGUCAGACCCGUUUGUUUUUUUGUUUUUUGUUUUUGUUGUUGUUUUUUUAAAAUUAGAAAUGACGUGCCACCGGUCUGCUUUGCCUUGGUUCAAUUUGUUGCUGUUGAUGCAGAAGACAGCUGCUCUCCCCCGUCAGCACAUUACAAAAAAAAAAAAAAAUAAUAAUUAAUUAAAAAAAAUCAUUAAUUUGCUUUGACAGAUCUG